AUGACAGAAGAUAUUAAUCUUAAAUUCAAGCAAUUACGAAUUCAUAGUCCAUCAUCUACAAAAACUUCUCCAGUCACUCCUUCACCCAAACAACUCAAGAGAAGAUCGUUUAGUAACAUGUUUCAACCUCCAAUGAAAAGAAUGAGGCGGAAUGAUGAUGUAGCCACCUUAACUAGUUUAGAUGUCAAUGAUAAUAUUAAUACGAAUGUUUUAGUGGAUUCACCCAAGUUUCCCUUUAGUGAUCCCUUUGGUGACCCUGAAAAUACCCAUCCUUUAUCGAGGUUUGAAAGUAUUCAUUCUUAUCAAUAUUCUCCUACAUUUUCACUGUACUUUACCUCUGUACCACGGGCUACCGAACUAAAGGAAUCUCAACUGCCAUUUAUACCCGAUUGUCAUCCUCCAAACCCACCAUCAAAGGAAGAUGAUCAAAUCUUGGAACAAAUUGAAAAAUAUACAAGUAGAUCAAAUAAAACUCAUGAAAAGGAUGAAAUAUUACCCAAGACUCCCAAUAUAUUACUACCACCUCCACGGUUGAACCGUAGAAAGCUGUUCAAAAGAUUAUUUCCAAGAAAGAAAAAGGAAGUAGAGAAAUCACCCCCUAAUCCUGUAGUUCAUACAAUUCGUCAUUUUUUCAAGAGAUCAUCACCAAAAGUUGAUCAUUCAAAUGAAAUCGAUAGAGAUACAAUUCAAUUACGUACAAAGCUUGAACUUGAAGAAAUUCAAGUACCUAAGAAGAAAGUUACAAAUAAAAGUGAUCCAAUUGAAAAUGAAACUAAUGAUAAGAUUACCAAAAAUAAUCAAAAUAUUAAUACGAUAAAUUAUUUGGAGAGAUCAAAUUAUCCAUCAGAUCAUUUCUUGGGGAUGGGGGAUCAAGGUAGUAAUGAAGACUUACAGGGAGCAUUACUAUAUAUAACACAUUUACAAGAUAAACCAGGCUCCUCCAGACCUUCAACUUCUUUAUUCAAUAAGUCGAACAGGUUUUCAAAGCUUUUAUUGAAGUUCAAUCCACCACAAUCAAGUUCUUCAGAUUUGUGA